CAGUGAAAGAGAGGGAGUGAGGUAGAGAGAGAGAGAGAGAGAGAGAGAGAGAGAAAGGGGUGGCGAGAUCAAGGAGAAACGGUUACAACCGUCUGAUACGAGUGUGUAUUUAUAGAUGGAUAGAUGAAGAGAUAGAAAGGCAGCGGAAAGCAGGAGGGAGGAACGAGAAGAGAGGAGAGAGAGGGGAGAGAGAGGUAGAGAUACAGCGAGAGAGAGAGAGAGAGAGAGAGAGAGAGAGAGAGAGAGGCUGACAGACAAGAAUCCAGACACAAUAAGAAGACAAAGAGAUAAACACAGGACAGAGAGAGAGAGAGAGAGAGGGCGAGAGACCAUGCUGAGGAGGAAGAGAAGCGUGUCGUUUGGAGGCUUUGGGUGGAUUGAUAAGAGUACAGUGAGUGCGCUGAGAGCUCGCAAACAGGAGCUGCUGACCAUCUCAAAUGUCCCCCUGUCAGACUGCCCCCCCUCUCCGCCCCGCACCGCACCCCCCACCAUGAAGGCGGCUCAUUUCUUUGACGCGAUGGACAGGAUGGAGCAGGUCCCAGAGAGCGCCGAGGUGAAGACAGUCCAGCUCAGACAGAAGGACGACUACAUUCCUUAUCCCAGGAUAGAGGAGGUGCUGCAGAGGGGCGGGCCCUUCCCUCAGGUCAUCCUGCCUCAGUUUGGCGGUUACUGGAUCGAGGACCCCGAGGCUCCGCCCCCUCCCUCCUUCACAGAGAGCGGCCUAGCUGAGGAGGAGGAGGGGGGAGGAGGAGGAGGAGGAGUGGAGGAGGAAGGCUCACCCCCAGGGGAUUAUGGGUACCGUCUGGAGGAGAUCAACGAGGCGGCGCGGGCGUAUCGGAAACACUUCCUGGGCAGGGAACAUUUAAACUUCUCCUGCUCGACCAGCAACCUCGGCAACCUGCUGCUGUCUGUGAGGCACGAGGAGGAGAGGGAGCACGAGCACCUGCAUGUCAUCAUGAGGUCUCGGGUGAAGAGCGUCUACCACAGACUGUCACUGGCCGAGCUACCAGACAUUCCCAGCAUCCCACAGCUGGCCAAGCUGCUGUGUGAGGAAGCCACAGGGCUGCGCUUCAGUCCGGUUCUCUACCCGAAGGCGUCUCAGCUCAUCGUGAACUACGACGAACACGAAGUCAACAGCACCUUCAAGUUUGGAGUCAUUUACCAACGCUUUGGCCAGGUCUCAGAGGAGGAGCUGUUCAGGAACAACGAGGAGACGCCGGCCUUCAGGGAGUUCCUGGACCUGCUGGGAGACACGGUGCAGCUGCAGGACUUCAAGGGGUUUCGAGGUGGUCUGGACGUGUCCCACGGGCAGACGGGCUCCCAGUCGGUCUACACCGUGUACAGACAACAGGAGAUCAUGUUCCACGUCUCCACCAAGCUGCCCUUCACUGAGGGAGACGCACAGCAGCUCCAGAGGAAACGCCACAUAGGAAAUGACAUCGUGGGCGUGGUCUUCCAGGAAGAGGCCACGCCCUUCGUGCCCGACAUGAUCGCCUCCAACUUCCUGCACGCCUUCAUCCUGGUGCAAGUGGAGCAUCCCUGCUCCGACAGCACCACCUACAAGGUGUCCGUCACGGCACGAGAGGACGUGCCGUCGUUUGGCCCGCCCCUCCCGAACCCGGCGCUCUUCAAGAAGGGCCCCGACUUCAGGGAGUUCCUCCUCACCAAGCUCAUCAACGCAGAGACGGCGUGCUACAAGAGCGACCGCUUCGCCCGGCUGGAGGAGCGGACCCGAGCGGCUCUGCUGGACGGUCUCCAUGACGAGCUGCACAGACGCACCCAGAGCAUGCUGGGACUGACAGCGGGACCAGAGGAGGAGGGGCGGGGGGAGAAUGGCCACGCCCACGGAGGCCUGCUGGAGUCCAUUAAGAGGGCGAUGCGAGGGCGGAGCGUCUCCAUGGAGACCAUGUCACGGGGUGGGGCGGGCCUGCCCACCAGUCUGAGUGGGGGGGGUCUGGCACACAUCAGCGCUGAGUGUAACGUGAAGUCUCCAGUGAAGAGGCGUUCAGGCCUGUUCCCUCGUCUGCUGAGCGUCGACAGCCAGACCGAGAAACACAGCCAGCGCAGUCAUCUCAGUGAACAGAGGAGCUUCGACAGCUGCCACCCAGCACAGGAAGUGAGGUCAGAGAUGCCGUCCUAUCCCAGCUCUCCAGACAAGGACAGGGUUCAGGUGAAGAAGGAAAGCAGCAAAAUCUCUCGUUCAUCUUCCAGCACCGGCAGCUUCAGCACCGCCGACGACACACACCAGGCUCUGACCGUGGAGGGUCAGAGUUCAUAUCCGCUCAUCGUGUGUCGCAGUCCCACAGAGCUGAGAAACAAGAACUCUCCCAGAUCCAACCUGAAGUUUCGCUUCGACAAGCUCAGCCACUCUGCUGCGACUCACUGAGGCCGCAGGGUGACCGAACAUCUGGCUGUCCAAUCAGAGGACGAGGGCUACAGCUGCUCAUAAUGAAUACACACACACACACACACACACACACACACACAGAGCUGUGCUCUGUGCAGCAGCAUUACAGCAUGAAACUGUUCAGCACACACACUUCAGUUUGGAAUAAAGUUUUCUUUGUUUUUUUGGGGGGGGGGCAAAGUCCAAAGAGUCCCAGCCGACAUGUGGCACCACGUCAGGAGGACACACACACACACACACACACACACACACACAGAGAGAGAGAGAGGGAGAGAGAGAGAGAGAGAGAGAGGGUCAUGUUGUUUGCGGUGUGUUUCCUCAUUCCUCCGUCAGGGAGGGGGGCCCAGAAGCUCCGAGCCUUCACAGAUUUUUUUUUUAAUCCCACUGAUUCUAAUAAACAGACUUUGUGCGUUAAAGGCUCUGAUCUCCUGUUGGUCCACACGUCCGUCCCACGUCACGUCCCUCCACAAACUGACUACAGGACCUGGAAGCUCUCAGGACGGUGCUUCACGUGGGACGUCCUGUUCACAGCCGGUCUUCAGUCUGUCCAGGCCAAUCAAGGAG